AUGGAGGCGGCGUCUCCGCGGGGAGGAGCAGGCGCGCGCCGGGGGAGCGAGCGUGGACGACCGCCGCCGUCUUUUUCGUCAUCUUUUCGCACAAGGAGACGGAGCAACGUGGGCGCGCCUGACAGGGGAGACGUUUUUUUUUUUUCAGUGAUCCACAUGCUCAAGUACAUCUAUACUGCGUCGUCUCAAAUUCCAAACUUCCCGGAGUACAUGAGUGUCGGUUAUGUUGACGGCGUUCAGAUUACCCACUACGACAGCAAGAGCGGGAAAUAUAGACUUAAACAGGACUGGAUGAACAAAAUCACAGCCGAGGAUCCACACUACAGGGAGAGACAGACACAGAUCAGUAUUGGGGCAGAGCAGGUCUCCAAAGUCGACAUUGAAAUUGCUAAAGAGCGCUUCAACCAAACUGGAGGUGUUCACAUGUACCAGCGGAUGCUUGGCUGUGAAUGGGACGAUGAGACCGGCGAGGUGGACGGUUGGGAACACUAUGCUUACGACGGAGAAGACUUUAUAUCGUUUGAUUUGAAGGGACUGAGGUGGAUCGCGGUCAAGCCGCAAGCUGUCGUCACCAAAAACAAGUGGGACCAAUUUGAUCUUCAAUACCGGAAGCAUUACAUCACUGAGAUUUGCCCUCCUUACUUGAAGAAAUACGUGAGUUUUGGGAGGGACUUCCUCAUGAGAACAGAGCUUCCGCGGAUCUCCCUGCUGCAGAAGACGUCGCGGUCGCCGGUGACCUGCCACGCCACGGGUUUCUACCCCAGAGAGGCCGCCCUGUUUUGGAAGAAGGACGGCGAGGAGCUUUUUGUGGGCGUGGAAAUGGGCGAGACCCUCCCCAACCACGACGGGACCUUCCAGACCACCGCCGACCUCAAAGCGGUGGACGCCGACGCCAAGUACGAGUGCGUCUUCCAGCUGGCCGGCGUCCCGGAGGACGUCGUCGUCCCUCUGGAUCCCGCCAACGUCCUGAGCAACGAGCGCAUACGAGCGGAAGAACAGAGGAAGACGGCGGUGGCCAUUGCCGUCCCGUUGACGCUCCUGGCUCUGGUCGUCGCGAUCGUCGUCGUUGUCGUCAAAUGCAGAAAAGCCGAAUACGAUCCAGCUUCCGUCCACGCCGAUUCUGAGCCCGCUUCCGCCGAGAGCGCUCCCAAGACUGCCGCUUCUCCGCCGAGAACCCUCUAG